CAUGUGUUUGUCAUUGCAUUGAAUAAUACAUUGGAUUUAAAUGUGUUUACAAAAUCAUACCAUACUUUCAAUUAGUUGUUCUUCAGAUAUCAUAUAAUAUUAUUAUUAUUAACCAUCAGUUUCGGUGAUCACACCAUGAGGUCAAACAACAAGAAGAAAAAGUCGACACCGAAGAAAACACUUGUUAAAGAUAGCCGUCAAACAAAUGGUGUCAAUGGUGGCUAUCAAGACGUUGACGAAGAUGUCGAUGAAGACAACAACCAGAUUGUCGACCAAAAGAAGACGAUUCAAUCAAUUGACGAUAAGUCGGCGAUAGUCAACACCACAAAUGCCAAAUCAGUGAAGACCGGGAACAUCAACAACGAGUUGAUGGCAGAUAUCGCCGAAAAUGGCAAAUACUUUUCAGCGCUCAUCGAUUUUAUUCCACCGAAGAUCUACUUCGAGGGCAACGACGAGAUAAUGGAAUCGAUGGACAGCCAGAAGAAGCAGCGAAUGGCCAACAAUACAAAAUCUGGGCCAAAGGGUAAACAUUUGAGGUUUAAAUUGGAUCCCAAUUCAGACAAACGUGUAUCAGAUAUUGCUUCAGAGUUUUACGGCAAUAGUAAUGCCAACAAAAAGACGAAUAACUCAAAUAAAACAAAGAAAUUAAAUAUCAAUUCAAAAGACCAGAAAAUGCAAGAAUUAAAGCAAAAGUUGAACCAAAAGAUUAUUGAAUUAAAGUCGAGAAGAGGUCAGAAAAUAAACGCAAAGUCGUUGAGAGAAAGCAAAACUGAAAGAAAGAGAAUUAAUUCAAUGAGAGCUAAGAAACAGAAAGGUUUUAUCAAAAGUGAACAACAAUUGAAUGCAAAUCAGACGACAACUGAUGACCAAAAGCCCGACGACUCUAUGGAAACAAUAAUCAAAAACAAUCACAAAAAGAUUAAACGCGAAGUACAUGAGGACACGGAAGCAACGAUUCCUGAAAAAGUCAAAGAAAAGUUACCGAAAAUCUAUAAUAGCGACGGAAAUAUUGUUUACUCGAAGUUUGAUUUUUUUUCGACUAAUGAAUCGCUAAGUGAAACGAAAAAAUUGUCGAAAAAGAAUAAAUUAAAGAAAUUGUUGGCAAAAACAAAGAUAGAAGAAAACAAAUUGUCUCAUUUGGAGGCAACGGAUAGUAUGAAAGCUAAACAAUUCAAAGAGAAAAAGUUAUGGAAGAAUGCCAUCGACAGGAGUGAAGGCAUCAAAGUUAAGAAUAGCUCGAAAAUGAUUGAAAAAUCCAUUAAAAAGAAAAAACAAUUGAAACAAAAGAGCGCUAAGAAAUGGUCGGAAAGGAAGGAAGCGUUGGAGAAGAGGAUGAACGCCAAGAGUGAGAAACGAAAACGAAAUAUUGAUCAAAGAAAGACUGAUAAGAAAGAGAGGAAUAUUAAGAGACAGAAGAAAAAGGGACGCAUUUUUGACAUCACGGCCACAAACAUGAAGAAAGCGGUUCCGAUUCCGAUGGGUAUUCCUAAUGACAGUGCCAUUGAUUCGCGGGGAAAAAACUCACGAAUCAGAUGCUUGUCGUUAACCAUUGGUAUAACAAUUAUCCAAACCGAUUAUAGCGAACAUGUCAUCAAAGAUGAGCCAACUAUUGAUAAUAAAAAGAGCGCUUCCGGUGCCGACACCACCAAUAAAAAAAAUCAGUCCAAUAGUCUUAUUCUGCCAUCAGUUUCCUAUCCAACCACUUCUGGCGAUGAUUCACAAGAAAACACAACAACUGUUCGACUUAGAAGUCGAACUCGAGAACUGCCAAAAUUGGACGACAAUCCUACCGCCGGUACUGACCAACAAACAAGUCCUGGCGGACGGCGGACUACUCGUCCUAAAUCAUCAACGGACACAACAACACCGACUACAUCGUCUACUUCCACAACAUCGGCAACCGUUUCAUUAAACAAUAACUCUUUAAGAAACCGAACUAAAGCAUCGGAGCUUCGACUGGAACCAGAAGGAGCAGACUUUAACGACAAGACGUCAUCGCCAUCACCGAAGAGUUCGGCACCGAAACGGAUACAAAAAAUAUUGCAAACAGAAGAAAGUGGAGGACAUCUGGGCGGCGGCGAAGAUCACACAGAUUCGCCGGAUGUAGAGUUUAUACUUCGGGUUAAAACUGCCACAAAAGCCAAAGAAGCUGAUGAAGAAAGCAUUGCUUUUACCGAUACCACUGAAACAACUCUGUGCGCCAGUUCUGCCGAUAUUGAAGAAUAUCAGACAAAAAUUUCUAGUCUUUUGAAACAAUUAGAUAAAUCUGAAGACAGUAUUAAACAAUUGGAUAAACAAAACAGUGAAUUGCAGGCAAAAAUCAAACGAAUGGAAAAACUUCAGGAAAACAGAGCCAAACAAAUCACCGAAAGUGACAAACAGGCCAUCGAAAAGACUGCAUCGGAACUAUUAAAACUUCGUGGAAGAUGUAGAGAAUUGGAAGCAUUGAAUACAGAAUUAAAAGAUGAAAAGAAUGUCCUAAGAAUUGAAGUGAAAGAACUGACUCGAGAGGUGGAGGUUAUGAAGAAGGAUAAUCCUAAAGAACUCAAAGAAACGAUUACUAAUUUAAGACUAAAAUUACAACAAACAGAACAUUUGGUGGAGAAUUUGACGGAAGAAAAUGAAGAAAUUAAAAAAGAUGUCAAAGCUUUGGAGAUUGAGUUCCAAGAACUUCACGAUAACUUUCGAGAGGAUCAGUCAUCAGAAUUUCGUGUUUUGAAACGAGAGUUAGAAUCGUCGUCAAAGAAUUGUCGAGUUCUUCAGUUUAAGCUCAAGAAGGCUGAGAGAGGUAUCGAAGUCAUGGAAAACGAUAAAUUAGAACUCGAGAAGAAAGUUAAAGAUCUAUUGGAGACAACAAAAAUAGAUGUCGACAAACAAAAGAUGAAAGAAUUGGAAAAUGAACUGUCGAUUGCUAAAGAAGUAUCGCUUAGAUUACACGCAGAAAUUGAAACACUAAGAGAGGAACGGGUGGUUUUGGAACAACAGUUGACUGAAGGAAGAAAUCCAUCGCAACAAAAGUCGCUGAAUCGGUUGUCGACGGGUAAACUAUCGCCAUCGGUAUCUAUCGAUGGAAAAGAUUACGAACAAGUGAUCAGAGAUUUGUACGACACUAUGGAACGGGAAAAAGAUCUUCAGGAACAGAUGAAAUUUGCUGAAGAAGAAACAAGAACUUUACGGAAAAAAUUGUCGACAAUGGAGUCGGAGAAUGAGAUACUGUCGAUGCAGAUCAGGAAAAUGGUUAAUCAAAAGUCAAAGAAAGGUGGAGAUAUUGGCGACGACGAUACAGACGAGUUGAGUAUCGAUGAAAUGAAACUCAAUCUGGAACUCUAUGAACAAGAAAUGAUUGUUUUGAGAAGAAAAACGGAUGAGUUGGAACAGGAAAACGAUAAUUUCCAACAAGAGAUCAAGUAUUUACAGGACAAACUUGUGUCGCAACCGUUGGUCAAGAUAGAGAUGCCCGAACUACCGCCCGGUUCGCCACCAAAUGUCAUCUAUGAGCACAAGUUUCGCAUACUUGAAGCCGAGGCAAGAGAUCUGCGCAAGAAAUUAGUGGACAGAGAGAAGGAGUACGAAAGCCUGCGUACAGAGAUUGAAGUUCACAGACGAAAGGCGUCUAAAGUUAUUAUCCGAAGUAGAAGUUUGGAUUCCGAACAACAGGUUGAUCUCAAAAGACAGUUACAACUUGUGGAACAAGAGGCCAGUAUUUUAAGACAAAAACUUAUGUCUUUGGAAAAUGAAAACGACAAACUAAUCAAUGAUAACAAGAGAUAUCAGUUGAGACUUAGUCGAAAGCCACCGCCCGGACCGGCAGAUCAACUUCAAGUGGAAAAUAUUGAGCUCAAGGAUAAAAUCAAAGACUUGGAGCGCAGAUGCGAAAACAUUAAAUCAGAUCUGAUGGCCAGCAAAUCGCAGCCUAAUUUGAACUUUUUGAUGAGUGAUACAGAAAGUGAUUUAAUCAAUACAUUGAAAAAACAAUUGAAAAUCAAAGAAACAGAUAUAACUGAACUUAACGCCCGAUUAUCACAAUCGGAUGUUGAAUGCAAUCGACUUAAUAGAGAAUAUAAGAAACUCAAGGAAACGGUGUCCGCUAAACGGCAUCCGACUCGUGUGGUCCGAGAGACGGCCACUCGCGGAGAGUUGAAAGAGAUUAUUAAAGAAAUGGAAGAAGACAUCAAUGAUUUGCACAAUACUGUCAAAGGAAAAGACUUAAUAUUAGAAAAUCUGAACGAAGAACUAAGUGAAGUGAAACGUGAUCCGGAUAACCAUUACAAUGGUUCGGGUGGUGUCACCCAAAACGGUUCCGGCGUUUUACAAGUAAACGAAAAACUACGCAAAGAACUUGAAAACGAACGAAAAAAAUCCCAUACAUUGCAGAUGAAAAUGGAUUCAUUUAGCAAAGAAAAGGGUUUCGAUUUGAGUGCAUUGGAUAACUUGGAUGUAUUACAAGCCGAGAAAAAACAGUUGGCCAUCAAAUUGGAUGAUAUUCAAGAAGAAUUAACUCGUGAGAAAACGAAGAGCGAAGAUCUGAGCCAAAAGGUAAUUGCUUUGAAUAAAUUGCAAGAAGAGUUGACCAAAAAAUUUAAGACAAUUGAAAUGCAAAACGAAAAGUUUGAAGACGAAUGCGAUUCCACUAGAGAUCAGUUGAAGAAAAGUGAUAACAAUUUAAAAGAAAUGACAAACAAAUGUGAUUUAAUUACCAAAGAGUUAAGUGAUUUGAAAAAAGUUUCCCAACAAUUGAAAAUUGAGCUUGAUAGAGAAAAAUUGAAAUCAAAUGCUAAUAGCAAUCAAUCAGGUGGUGGUGUAACCACAGUCAUGCAGAAAGAAAUCGAUGAAUUGAAGAAAAAAUUAAAUGAUAUGACCAUCAAAGCGGAUAAUUUGCGAAAACAAAAUGAAGAAUUAGAUAAAGAAUUUAAACAGAAAGAGUUGAAACUGAAAGAAGAAACGGCAAAAAAAGUAGAGAUUGCUGUCAAUGGUGUCCGAAAGGAAGUCCACUUAGAGUUACAACAAUUGAAAGAAGAAACUAAUAAUUCUAAGUCAAAGAUUAGCGAAUUGAACGACCAGUUAGACAAAGCCAAUAGAGAAUUGAAAGAAUCAAAUGAUAGGUUAAGAGUUAAUACAUCUCAAGUACGUAAAGAAAGAGAUGACCUCCAGAACAGGUUAAGCGACUUAGAGUCACAGCUAAGAAGUGAUAGUAAACGACGAGAAAAGUUGGAGAAAGAACACGAAUUGACAAUUAAGAGCAAAGAUCAGGAAUUGUUUCAAACGAGAGAACGAAUUGUUCAAAUGGAAAGAGAGCUUCGGAAGAGUCAACAAAAACUGGAUAAUACUGAAUACGAAUCCAACAAUAAAGUGGUUAGUCUGGAGAAAGAUUUGACUAAAGAGCGAGAGGAAUACGAAGAGUUGACCAAUAAGUAUGAUUUAUUGGAAAAAGAAUUUCUGGAAAUGAAGUCCAGAUUAGUGACCGAAAAGGAAACAUUGGCUGAAGCCGUGUCCACAAUACGCAAGAGUUAUGACGAAAAACUUAUGGAAAUUAAAUCACUGAAAGAUAUGCUAUCGAAACGACAGAAAGAAUGGGUGAAAGAGAAAUUAGAUCUUCAGGAAAGGUCGGCAUCGCUGGAGUCUAAGGUCAGUCGGGCGUCAUUUGUUAUCGAAGAAAACUUAAGACUCAAAGAGAUGAUCAAUGAAAAGGAAAGUCUAUUGGAAUCGUAUCGAAAGGAAGAAAAACAUGUGAAGACGGAAAGGGAUAACUUAAGGAAACGUUGCGAUGAGUUGGCGAUGAAGAUCGCGGAUAUGGAAAAAGUCGAAAGAAUGACCAGAACUGUAAAUAUUACGGGAAAAGACAAGGAAUUACAAGAAUAUAAGAUUAGAUUAGAACACACACAGACAUCCCAUAAGGGAGAAGUGGCAGCACUUCAUGCAGAAUAUGAGGGAAGGAUGAGACUAAUGGGUGAUGAAAUCAAUGAAUUGCAGAGACAGAUAGCAUUCUUGGCCAAUGAAAGAGAUAGAUUUAAAGAUCAAUUAAAUAGAGAUCCCAGUCUACGUCGGGCAUCCAAAUAUAAAGAUGAAGUCGAAGAUAUAGCGGCACAAUUAUUAUCGUUGAGAUCGGAUCUGGAGGCGGCUCUGCUUGAGAAUAGAAAUCUUAAGAUUCAAUUCGGUACCGAACGAAGCGGUUGGCAAAUACAGAGCGCUGAACUCAAGACACAAAUCAAUCAAUUAGAAGAACGUAUACUUUUGGACACAGCUAGAGGUUCGACCAGAAGCUAUGUGAAGACUAAACUGGAGUUGGCCUGGGAUAAGGAAAGACAGGAAAACCUACGGUUACUACAAGAAACACAAAAGUUUAUACAAGACUUGAGAGAUAAGCUAAUGAAUACAGAAAAGGUUAGGGAAAAGGAUAGACUCGAACAGAGAAAACAAUUACAAGAUUUGAAGUCUGGAAUGGAUAGAGAGUCGGAGGACACACAUAAACGGGUCAGUGAAUUGCAAUUGGAUUUACUGGAUCUUCGAGAAGCGCACGCAAAGGUCAGGUCACAAAAUGAGAGACUUAGACGCGAGAGAAACGCUUAUGAAGGAGAAAGAGAGGAAUGGAAGAACACUGUCUUCUCUGCCUUUGACAUACAAAACAAAGCACAUGAAAUACUUGGUGAGAUCGAAGAGAUCACCAAAUUGAUUCCCAAUGAACCCGAUAAACCACCGGACAGUGAGACAACACCAACAACAACGAUGACGACUACUGUUGUUAGGAGACGUAAAACACAGAAUGCUAUCAAUAUUGUAGAGUUAAGAAAUUUGGUGACAAAUCUCAAGACAAAAAGUGACGAAAUAAAAAACUUAUCGCUUCCGACCAGAGAUGUCGAUAGAUUAAAGUAUUCGGUGGCAUUCAAGAGGACUAUCUCUGCCCAGGAUAUGCCUGUAAUGAGAGGUUCUUCUCAGUCAUUAUCUCGCGCACCACUUCCGCUGCCAAGAGAAAUAAUCAGAGCUCCGCCGCGACCAAAGGCAUUGGCCAAGAAAAGUGUGUCUCUCGACUACCAAAUCGGCGCAUCCGGACAGAGAGGUGCAUCUCAAGAGCGCAUUUGGGAAUCGGGAGACUCGGCCAACACUACGCCCACAUCCAGUGUCAGUAAUUUACGAGUUUCCGGUCAUUAUCGUGGAUUUACCGCUCUUAGUGGUUACGAAUCCGAUGCAUCCCAUUCCAGAUACACUCGUGAAGGCUCUUUUGGUGCUGAUUCAGAUACAUCACUACCAGCUGUUCCACAAUCCAAGAAAUCUCUAUUCAAAUUCAUCAAAAAGACAAGAAGUAUAGAAGACUCGACAAUUGGAGGGGGUAUUGCCAGUGCAGGUCUUACAUCGCUAGCAGUUCAUGGCUUCGAAGAGAGUCCUAUAGAGUUGGCUAAACAAAGACAAAAGAAAGAAAAUUCUUUGAAACAUAAGAUUUCGAAAACACUGUCGAAGACAUUCAGCAGAAGUUCCUCAUCUUUGCAGACAACAGAAGACAAAAAAGAGAAGAGACCGACUUCGCCGAAUCGGGCGCUUUCACCGACCAGAAAGUCUGGAAAACCAUCACCAGUACCUUCGGAUCAAGAAGGUUACAAAUCUGGUGCAAAACCAGCCCUAAGUGGUGUGACAUCAUCGAUGUCAACACAACGACCAUUGGUCUCCAAACUGGCAAUACCACCGUCAACACGACCCGUACCACCUCAACCCGUGUCGAGGUUCAGGAGUGAAACUAAUGUAUAA